AUGGAUACUAAUACAGAGACUGCAUCUUUUACUCCUUCCACCGAUGUGUUUUCCUACAGCAGGGUUGAUGCAGACCGCAUUAUGGGGAGUUUACCCAAUGACGCCUCAUUCUUACACAAUCCAUCUAAAAUCGACCUCAGGAGGACCUAUGAAAAUGAAACUAAAAAACUAUUAUCGGUUCAACUUCAUCUCUCUACUAUGAGUGAAUAUUACAGAUCCAGGAAAAUACCAAGAGGUAUGAGAGCACAGCCGAGAGCUAAUGCAUUCACAAACGAUUCCGAUUACCGGACCUGCUAUGAAGCAAUUUCAAACAAAUAUUCUCUAGAUCUUAUACUGCUCAACAUAGAAUUCCUCCAAAGAGAUCUAACAGCAAUUAAGAACAAGGUAACUGAUGUGGAAACAGCCUUGAAAGCCUCUCUCACCGAGGAUGAAUGGCGUGAGCUAUCAGAAAAACAACAUACAUUUCUAUCUAAACAACGCACCCAAAUUGAGGAAACCAAAAGACAUAAAUGGUUCCGUGACUGUCAAGACUACACCACUGGUCAUGUGUACACGUGGGAAAAUUUAUCCACCACAGAAAAAAAACGGACAUCGUCAAAUCAACCAGGAGCCUUUUUUAGGGGGUACGCCGUCCGUCGGGGGCGGCCGAGACGAGGAGGACGCAAGCACCACAGAAACAGGAAAGACAAGAGCACAGAGGGCUGGUCGAGCCCAGAACCACAAAACUUCUCAACAAAGAAGGAAACAUCAAUAGACAACGCAGAGACUGUGUUCACAUGCCUUCCGGGUACCUGCCUUGACGUCACUCCACCCCACAUACUAUAUUCCGAUUACAUAUUCCUGAGGAAACAGCAACUAAAUAUCCAGCUACUACUAGUCUUUACUUCUUGUUCUUUGGCUAUUUACUCUACAUCUUACUGUGAAACAGAUAUCGGUCCAUACACACCGAGGAAAUCUUGGUCCACAUAUACUGAUGCCAGAACGGUCCCGGUUCAUAUACACCGCUCGUUACUACUGUGGUCGGUUGCCAAGGACAACCUCGAGUUUUGGAGCCUAAGUCCAAGUAUCAGGGACUGUAUUCCUUCUGGUCUACUUACCUUCUCUUUUUUCUGCUGCCUUUACAUACUGCGGUCGGUUGCUAGGGGCAACAACAAGAUAUGGAACCCCAGUCCUAGCAUCAGUGACUGCAUUUCCCCUUGUUUGCUUACCUGCUCUGUGUCUGCUGUUUUUACAUUUCAGCUUUCACUAGACUUUUUUUGCUGUCCCCCAGGAAUUGAUACAUUAUGUCUUUAUUUAGUACUGGAUUUAUCAUAUAUGAAUGCCAAGCAAAUUCAAUUAAUCUAUAUACACCCUGUGAACUGUGCAGCGAUAUUGAUAUGGCCUCAAUUUGCGCAUGGAUAUAAUCCUCACUGACAGGAUAUGGAACUAUUCUGAGCAUGCGCCAGCCACGUCUCGGUCCGGAGUCGGGUUGCCAUGGAUGCGAGGACGCGCUCCUGGUGUUACGUCCCACCCGAACCCGGAAAUGCUUCUACUCUUCAGCGAUGCGCACACCACUUCCGGCGCUUUGGCGCCUGUGAUCGGGAUACAUCGCAGCAGGACCCCGGAAGGCAUUCACAUUUCGUCACGUAAUUACAGAUCACUACCAGUGCACUUUGAUUUAUUAUGCUUAAUACCGGUAUCUCUAUAUCAGAUGAUGAUCGGAUGUUUAUAUAUGUAUGUAACACUGUAUAUGUUGGUUUAUAUUAUUGAUUGCACAAUGUUCUCUGAUGACCUCUUUGUUUACAUAUGUCAAUCAUGUAUUACCUAUGUCACAUGACCUGGUGGGCGGUCUAUAAAUACCCACCAGUAUCACUAUGAUUCACUUGAAAAAGCCAGCGUGAGGCUGGUGAAACGUUGUCUAUGCACAUGAUGGAA